UUCCAGUGGUGGCUAAUACCAAGUUACAACAGGUGUAGUAACAAUAACUGUAGUAACUGGUGGAUAUCUCAUCAUUCAUUUCCCUCAGGACACAAUUGACCGUAACACCACGUGUGCUGCUGCUGUCGUCAUUUUCAAUCAGGAACAGGAACUGAACAGUCACUAAAUCGAUCUUCAUAUUUGUGUCCGAGUUUGUUUUCUCGUCGCGGAUUCAAACCACUAUGACACCUUUAAAAGUUUUGCUUCUGCUUCUGGCUUUGUGGACUGUUUCUUUCGCCGAGGACACGAACACUCAGCCCAAGCUCGGGGCCACUAAAUCACCCACAACCAAGAACACUUCCAGCAUCAGCAUCAGUCCUGACGAGUCUCCUAAAAACACCAGCAUAACCCAAAUGAAAUCCCCCGACGGGAGGUUCAAUCUGGACGGCGCGAUGAUUAACAGGGCUCUGUAUGUUCUGAUCGGAAUCACGGCCAUCGGAGUCCUUUAUUUCUUAGUGAGAGCGGUCCGUCUGAAGAAAACAAAUGUACAGAGGAAGAAAUAUGGGCUCCUGUCAAACUAUGACGACACAAUGGAGAUGGCACACCUGGAAAGCGACGAGGAAGACACCACAGUUUAUGAGGCCAAAUCCUUAAGAAGAUGAAUUCUGGGACUGUUUGACACUGCCAGAAAAAAAAAAAAAGAAUGUGAUGAAGACAAUCCCAUGAUUUUCACAAUAACAGCUGUCAAAUGAUUUUGUCAUUUUCAACAACUGUGGGAGAACCUAGGAUGCUUGGAUUCCUUUUUUCCCCAUGAAUAAAGCGGGUGUAGGUUUAUACUAGACCAGUACUUUUUGGACUGAUAUGACCUAAUAGAUCUUCUUGCAAGGUCAUAAAUUGUGUUUUGGUGUCAGAUGGAAAUUAAUAUGGGAUCAAAACUGUUUUGUGCCAAAGCUACUUAUGCAUAAUUUUUCAGAGGUGUUUUUUUAAGGAGUCUGAAACUUGAGUAAAUGGAUGUUAAUAGUUAAUACUGUAAACAACCACCCAUCAUUUCCAAUAUGCAAACACUGAAAGGCUGAAAGUUGUUUGCUAAUUUGUGUCUAUAAUAUAAUUUGGACUCAGUGAAUUAGUUAUAGUUAUUGUUUUAGAUGAACCAUCAUGAUUUAUAUUAUGAUUUUGUUUCAGAUACCUUUAUAUAUUCAGCUAAAUCUUUCUUUCUUUCUUAUGCUACUACAUUGAUUUCAGAAAUGAAUUCUGAUGUUCAGGGAUGGAUUCUAGCAAGUUCACAAAUUCCAUGUGUACAAAUGUUUUCCAAAUAUCAGCUUAUAUAAGAGAUGCACUUUUAUUUUUUAUGGUUUAGGUACUUAAAUCCAGGGUUUUGCUGAAGCUAAAAAGCAUCAGCCAGUCCUUUUUUAUGACAGUCAUGCCAACACUCUUCACCAGAACUCUAUUCUACCAUUUCUGAGUUUGUUUGAUAAAUAAUAGGAGUUCUAUUUUAAGAAACUAAACAUUCGCAUCCUGUUAAGUUAGGUUCCAGACUUAGUCAUUUAUGCUCACCUCUGCAUUCAAAGUCAUUUGGCUUGUUAACUUUGUUUUCAUGGGACUCAUCACAUAUGAGCGCUACAGGUCAUGUAUUAUUGGGCUUACAGAGAAGAGGGGUGGAAAUGAGACUGCUCUUUCUCCAGCCUUUAUUUUCUACAUGGCUUAUGAUUUUUGAGCUAGUGUUUGAAGAGAAGCUUUAUAAGACAUCAUGAUCUUUCCUUGCAUUGUUUAAAGGUGGCAGGCUUUUGAAUGUGCAUCAUUCUCACUUUUCCAGCUUAAAAAUGUAAGGGGUAUGAUUGUGUGAAGAAGCACAUUGAGCACAUGGCUUUCUUAGACUUUAAAAAGGUGUGGAGAGUGAAAUAUUUACUGAAAUAUCGAUUACUGUCAGUUUGAUAUGCAUGAAGAAUCACUAUAUCAAUAUUUAAUGUACAUAAUUUGAAUGAUUCCUAAAGUGUGCCUUUAUAUUGAUAUGUGUCCCCUUUUUUGUAAUUGCAAUUGACUGGAUGUGAUUUUGACCUUUUUUUUUUUUUUUUUUUUUUGUUAUUUUGUUAUUAAAUUCUAUUCUCUAUUUUCAACCUUGUAAAGUUUUUUAUUUUGCCUUUCUCAAAAUGAUUUCGUAUGUGAUGAAUUUCAGA